GUCAAUGCUUUCGUCUCUUACAUGACAGGAUAGAUUUUUUACCAAUACAGAGAGAGAUAAAGAAAGAAAGUGGCGUACUAGCUAGUGGAUGCAUUCAAGAUUAGAUUUUUAGUCUGGUUUCUUUGGAUUGAUUCAAGAUCUAGAGGAAGAUACCGAUCAAUGAGAUUUCUUUGACUUCAUCUUUGUCAAUUGAAGAAGCAAAAAAUGGAGGAAAAAUCUGUUUUUGUGAGUUUUUGAGAGAGGAGUUUGAUCUUUAAGGUUUUUUGGAAAACCCAUCAAGGGAAUGGAGGAAAAGAUUAGUUUUUUAGGGUCUAAAUGAUUUUCAAAGAAUUGGGUAUUUAGCUAAAAUGGGAGAGAGAGGAAGUGUUAAUGCUGCAGCAAUGCACACAGCCAUGAACGCUGUGCAAGCUCUUGGGAGAGGAUUUGAUGUGAACUAUGAUAAAAGGUUGCUGUAUUGUAAAGGAGUUGCUGGGUCUAAGGUGGUGGAGAUUGAUGGUGAACAUACUAGAGAUCUUUUGUUAGCUGGUGGGAUUCUAUUGCCUAAUGUUUCCAGGGACAUCAGGAGCUCUUUGGACCCAAUUGGCCGCGAGAGUUCAGGUGUUUGCACCUUUCAUGAGAUGGUGGAGUACUUUAAUCAAAAGGCUAAUCUAUCAGGAGGUCUUCCUCUUGGUAGCUUCAAUUCUGCAUUUAGUUUUACCGGUUCAAAGCAUAUUGAUGCUGCAGCUACAAAGACCCUCUCGAUGGAUGGAUAUUAUAUCCCACUUGCCAAGGUCCAACUUAUGAGAUCCCCCUUAGUGCUGCAUGAAAAUGUUAUAAGGGCCGUGCCAACUUUCUGGGAUCCUCCAUCCUUGGCAAGCUUCAUUGAAAAUUUUGGGACGCAUGUUAUCACUUCUGUAACUAUUGGUGGUAAGGAUGUGAUAUAUGUUAAACAACACCAGUCAUCGCCUUUGUCAACCAUGGAGAUUAAACACUACGUGCAGGAUAUUGGAAAUCAGAGGUUCUCUGACACAGAGGGCCAUAUGAGCUCAGGUCCAAUGAAACUCAAGGAUAAGGGUGGUGAUUCAGGUAUAUUUAACAGCCAAGGGAUAUACCCUCAGCCAACUAGUGCGCCAUAUCUUACUGGGAAAGAAGAUGUUACCGUCAUUUUCCGCAGGAGGGGAGGAGAUGAUCUGGAGCAAAAUCAUAUCCGAUGGGCAAGAACUGUAGAGUCAUCUCCAGAUGUCAUUGAGAUGACUUUUGUUCCUAUCGCAGAUCUCCUUGUUGGGGUACCUGGAAUUGAGCAUCUGAGUCGUGCAAUUGCUCUAUAUCUUGAAUACAAACCUCAGAUUGAAGAGCUGAGAUAUUUUUUGGAGUUCCAGAUUCCUCGAAUUUGGGCUCCUGUACAGGACAAUAUUCCAGGUCACCAGAGAAAGGAACCUGUUUGCCCUUCUUUGCAGUUCAGCAUGAUGGGGCAAAAGCUUUAUGUGAGUCAGGAGCAGGUAUCAGUAGGGCGCAAGCCCGUCACAGGUUUGCGAUUAUGUUUGGAAGGAGCCAAGCAGAAUCGCCUGCAUAUCCAUCUUCAACACUUGGCAUCUCUUCCAAAAAUCCUUUUGCCAUACUGGGACACCCAUGUUGCAAUUGGUGCUCCCAAGUGGCUGGGACCUGAGGAGCAGGAUAGUCGAUGGUUUGAACCAGUGAAAUGGAAGAAUUUCUCUCAUGUGAGCUCUGCUCCAGUUGAGAGCCCAGAAACGUUUAUUGGUGACCAAUCUUGUGUCUACAUUGUCACUGGGGCUCAGCUUGGAGUGUGGGAUUUCGGUUCAAGAAAUGUCUUAUACAUGAAACUUUUGUAUUCUAGGCUACCGGGCUGCACGAUACGAAGAUCCUUGUGGGACCACAUGCCAAAUGAUAAGUCAAAGAAAGUCCCCACUGUAAAUAAUACUAACUCUGGUGACUCAAGUUCAGCCUCAAGAGAAAAUGUUGCAGGGAACAAGCUGGCAAAGUUUGUUGAUAUGUCUGAGAUGAGCAAAGGGCCACAAGAUCCCCCAGGACAUUGGCUAGUUACAGGCGGAAAGCUUGGUGUAGAGAAAGGCAGAAUAGUUUUGAGAGUGAAAUACUCCUUGCUGAAUUAUUGAGCUUAGAAUUACGGUGUAUAUGCUGAUGCACUAUAGAGGCGGUGUUUUUUCAUGCAGAAGAACUUGUGUUCAUCAAGUGUGUAAACUCCUGAAACAUGAUGAGCUGAGUUGAAUGGUUUUUGGUUGGGGUUUCUUCCAAUGUCAAAGGUCAAGUCUGUUUUCUCAUUAAGCUGUGAAUUUUGUAGAGAAGCUAAGUUCUCAUUUAUUAAUGAUGAAGUGAUGUAGGAGUGGCCACUAUAUGUGAUUGUUCAUAUGCCUGCAGUAUAAUAGUACUCCAAAUUCUUUUGCUU